CCAAGGUAAACAUUGUACCUGAUAUUUAUACGAUCUGACUGUCACGUAUACCGCAAGGGAAAAAUAAAUACUGAUAUUUCGUUUUAAUAUCCUUAUUCAUAUUCUUCCGUUUUUAAGCAAUGGAUACUACAAUGGACACCGCAAUGAGUACUAAAAGGAAAGCAACGGCCAUCACAUCAACAAGAAAACCUGAACGGAACGCAAAAGCUAAGAAACAGAAAAGCGAUACUACAAAAUAUCAGGAAACACACAAGUCAAAUAACUCUGGACACAAACAUGUAGUUGUGUCAAAUGAUCAAGAUGUACAACAUCAGCAAAUAAACUUAGUGGAUCCUCAACAAAAUGACUCCGAUACAAAAUGCUCGCUCCGAGACGGUAUCGUCGACUUGAAUGUUGGUGGGAAAUUGAUGACGACAUUUGUGAGUACCCUGACAAAGGAACCUAAAAGUGAUACGCUGGCAAAGGGACCUAAAAGUAAGCUAGCAGUCAUGUUUAGUCGACCUGAAGACAUCCCGAAGGACAAAGACGGUCGCUGUUUUAUAGACUGCGAUGGUGAAGUAUUUACAUACAUUUUAAACUUCCUCCGAUCUGACACCUUACCACCACAGGAAAGAGCUUUAGAAGUGUAUGAUCUCGCUUCGGAGUUCAAACUUCAGUCAUUGGUUGAACAGUUAGAACACUUCUAUGCCAUACAAUACCGAAGCAAAAUUGCCAAAAUAAAAGAACAUUGGAAAGGAAAUGGGAACACUAAGUUUGAGCAACUGAAACAAGAGAUUGUCGAUAACAUGCACUGCAGUCCCAGAAGAGAUAUUACAAUAUACGAGACUAGUGAGUCAGGCGGCUGCGACUUUUGCCCAAUAAGUCCUGCCCAUGUGUUUCUUCUGCCCGCUUCCAAUAUGUUUGAAAGGGGGAGGGCUGAUGAGCGGAGGGCGUUACUUAUAUAUGAUUUGUGUGCACUUGGAUUUGCAAAAUCCAUAGUUACUAAGAAAAUAGAUCGUAGAUGCGACAAUUGUAACGUCUUGUUUGAAGGCUUUGAGAUCGUUCUCGUCGCACAAUAAUUGUAAAUAUAAAGCAAGGAAGACUUUCAUGCACUUACGAACAAAACAAUGACCAAUUUUAUAUUGUUUUAUAAUGUUAAGCGGUACAUGCUGAUUAUUGUUAAUUUCGUUUUACUCUCGGAGGUACAAUUUACGAGUUACAAUUAAGAGACUGGAAAAUGUUAAAAAGUAUGUGAACAAACAUUCGUUGAACAUCUCUACAUGUAAAUUUCGACAUUAUGUAUGAGUACAAUAUAAGGUCAAUUUCAAAGAGCCAUUUACUGAUGCAAAAGCUACAUUUACAGUACAUUUUUGCAUGUAUAUGAGAAAGGCUUGAGUGAUUAUAACAGUGCUUAAAGCCUUUAUGUACUGAUAUGGUACUCUUACUGAUAUCGGAAGCACACUGUCAGACGACUUACUCAGCAACGUGUUAGGAACCGUGCGAAACUAGAAAGAAACAAUACCAAAAUUUAUUUCAGGAAAUUUUCGCUAUGCAACCCUAAACAAAGCCUAACAUAUAUAACAUCCAAACACUGUAUGACGAUUUGUAGCUUUAUUAAUGUUCCUUAAUGUUAAAUCCACAUCAAACACUUUGUAUGAACAUUGACAGCCGACAACACUUGUGAAAGUAAUUCCCACUGUAAUCCUUAACAAAUGGAUAUUCAUUAGAAUCCAGUUUUCUUGUAUUAAUCCUUAAUAAAACUUUCAUUUUAAUAAAACUUUUAUUUUAAUAAGAUUAUUGCAAAGGAUUUUAGCUCCGAAUAUGACUUUUUUAAUAAGAAAUUAAAUAUAGAUACUUUUUGUAGGAAAAGAUCUGGUAUUUGUGUUUUUAAUAAUGAUGUUUUAACUAAAUAAUUAUGUAAAUUUAAUGGUUAUUGAUUGUCAGUGGUAUGAAUCUAUUGUAAGUCAUUUGUAAUUCUGUAAAAGAAUGAAAGUUUCCUUAUAUUGACGCUAUAGUAUAUAAUAUUAUGUUUAAUACUGAUAUUUGUAAUUGGUUGAAACUCUAAUAAACAUUAGA